AUGUUCAGUUCUCCCCGACGAUGGCUCUUCAUCGUCAUUCCGAUCCUUACAUUUAGCUUCAUUUAUUAUAUUUCUCGACUCCCAGAGUCCAGCCCAAUCCCCGUGAACACCGAAGUCCCGCGCCCCGAAGAUCCGAUCGUGGUCGCAGACGAAAAGCAGCAAGACCCCCCUAAAGAGUCCCCGGAACCGACGGAAGAGCAAUGCGGCCACCUUCUCCACCAGCUGGAUGAUGUGAUGAUCGUUUUGAAGACCGGAGCGACCGAGUCCCUCGAAAAAGUCCCUAUCCAUCUCCGCACCACCUUCAAAUGCGUCCCACACUUUGCCAUUUUCUCCGACUACGAAGAAACUAUCGACGGGGUCCGAACUUACGACGUCCUCCAAAAUGUCACCGCGGAAACCAGACAAAACCAGCCCGAAUUCGGGAUCUACCGCCGCCUCCAAGAAGUCGGUCGCGAAGGCUUGACCGACGCAGAAUGGGGUGACAACCAGAACGGCCCGCUCGGCAAAACCAACAACCCCGGCUGGAAGCUUGACAAGUGGAAGUUUCUCCCCAUGAUCGAUGGGGCGUUAGACCUCAUGCCAGACGCCAAGUGGUACAUCUUCCUCGAGGCAGACACCUACAUGGUGUGGCCGAAUCUCGUCAACUGGCUCUCGCAUCUCGACCACGAACGCCAGUACUACCUCGGCAGUCCGAUGCAGAUCGGCGACGUCCUAUUCGGGUAUGGCGGCGCCGGUAUCGUGCUCUCAAGCUACACCAUGCAGCUUCUCAGCGAACACCGCGGGCGCUCCCAGACCGAGCUGGAACAAAUGACAGCAGCCGAGUGGGCAGGAGACUGCGCGCUCGCCCGGGCCUUACAGGACGUGCGCGUCGAUCUGACGUGGGCCUGGCCGAUGAUGAUGACGACUCGACCUUGGCAGAUCGACCAUUUCUCCGAAGGAUAUGGGCGUCAGCCAUGGUGCUAUCCUGUCAUCUCGUACCACCACAUGGAGCCGGAGGACAUCCAAACCAUGUGGAAGUUUGACCGUCAGUUCUUCGCCAGUGGCAAGAAUGCUUUGAUGCUGCAUGCGGACGUUUACCAGAAACUCGUUUACAACGAGACCUACACUGCCUUGGAUAACUGGGACAAUCUGUCUGCUGUCAGGAUUGACUUCGCCGAGGGCACGAUCCCAAGCUUCCAAACAUGCGCUGAAGUCUGCGCAAGGAAUGAAGAGUGCUUGCAAUACUCCUUCAGCGAGAAGGAUGGAGUCUGCAAGCAUGCUUCUACGACCUUCACUGGUGUUGCCACGAAUGGGACCUCAUCUGGCUGGAUCAGACCCCGGGUCUCAAGACUGCUCAAGGCUUUCCAGUCCUCGUGUGAGGGGGUGGAAUACAUCUUCGAUUGA